CAAGGCUUGUUUUUGGUGGUCAGCUGAAUCAUGUCCAUGCACUCGACGUAAACACGCAGAAGCAGCCUAUAAUGAUAUAUAAAGGACGACGUUUCAGUUUCUGCUGAAGCUUACUGUUGUCUCCGUUUGCAUAAGCCUUCAACUGUCAACUGAUCCAUCGAGAUGUUCUCCUCCCUGCGACUUUUGGUCAUGUGUGCGGUUCUCGCCGCCUUCCUGCAUCACACACAGGCUUGGUGGCUCGAUACAUGGUGGUACGGCUACAGAAAAGCUGCUCUUCCUUUCACAGCCACUUACUAUCAAAACCUCGGCUACUCCAUCGAAAGUAUCAACGGCCUCAGUGGAAACUCCUCAACCUACUGGAAAAUCUCAAGUCUGCCGUCAAAGGCAGAUCUACUGUGCGGUGUGACCACCUAUGUACCAGAACACGGGGAAAUUUUGCUUUUUGACCUCACUCCAAUCAAUGUCACUUACCAUUCGUGAAGCCAUGACAUAUAAUGUCACUAUUGUCAGCCGUCAACGCUCUUCUCAGCUGUGAGAAUACACGUGUAUGUAUACUACAUACAUUUUAUAUAAAAGAUCUAAAAUA